AUGGGCGCUAAUAACGAGGGAUGUCUGGGUUUGGCUGACAAACAUAAUGUCAAAACACCAGAAUUGUGUGGACAACGGAUCCAACAGUUUAUCAAUGGCUCGGACUAUGUGUUGGCUAUGAAUGAGGACAACCAUGUGUUCAGUUGGGGAGGCAAUGAAUUUGGGCAGUUAGGCAGAGAUCUGGAAAGAAGUCAAGUUUGGAAAAUUCCUCAGAAAAUUUCCGAAUUGAAUGACAAGAAUAUCACACAAAUCAGUUGCUCUGUUCUACACUCCCUGGCCCUCACCAUCGGUGGUCAGGUGUACGGGUGGGGCCAUAAUAAGUGGGGACAAGUAGGCUGCGAAAAUAAUUCAUCAGAAAAUCUGUACAAAAGCCAAUUCAUUGAGUUGUCGGAUAAGCCCAUAGGUUCGGGAGGUUUCGGAACUGUGUUUAAAGUGAAGAAUAAAAUUGAUGAACAGAUAUAUGCCGUCAAAAGGGUUGAAAUUAAUGUUCACUCCGAAUAUGUGGUCCAGUAUUUCAAUUCAUGGACAGAAGUGAAUUCAUUAUAUAUCCAAAUGGAAUUCUGUACACAGAAUUUAAGGAAUAUUCUUGAAGUUAAACCACAAGUAUUUGGUCGACAAUUAGGAGAAGCCAUGGAUUGUGUCGAGUAUUUUAUUUCGUGUGAAAUAUUACGACAAAUCUUAGAAAGUGUUCAGUAUUUGCAUGAAUUGAAUCCACAGAUCAUUCACAGAGACCUCAAACCAGAAAACAUAUUAAUCACUGAAAAUAUAAGAAACGGUAGAUUUAUUAAGUUAUGCGACGUUGGUUUGGCUACAUUUCACGACAAAAACAUCAAUUAUAUGACUCGGGAUAAGCACUCUACCGGUGUGGGCACAUUAAAGUAUCAAGCACCAGAAGUGGUUCAGGGUAUAUAUGGACAUAAAGUGGAUAUUUAUAGUCUGGCAUUAAUUGGUCAAGAUAUAUUUGAGUUCAAUUUGUUCUUUAUUGAUAAUACUGAAAGCCUUUACUCCGGGAAUGAGAUCCUAAACACAAAAGGCUCUACGAUAGCCGUCGGUUCCUUUACUGCAUCACACGAUCAUCAGAUUAGAGUCGUUCGUUCAGAAUAUUGUGUUCAAUAUUACAAUUCAUUGACCGAAAGCAAACACCUCUACAUUCAGAUGGAGUUCUGUUCACAAAAUCUGCGGAAUAUUCUUGAAGUGAAACCACAAGUAUUUGGGCGACAAAUAGGAGAAGCCAUGGAUUUUGUCGAGUAUUUUAUUUCCUGUGAAAUAUUCCGUCAGGUCUUAGAAAGUGUUCAGUAUUUGCAUAAAUUGGACCCACAGAUCAUUCACAGAGAUCUCAAACCCUCAAACAUUUUAAUCGAUGAAAAUGUAAAGAACGGGAGAUUUAUUAAGUUAUGUGACUUUGGUGUGGGCACACUAAAGUACCAAGCACCCGAAAUAUCUCAGGGAAGCAAAUAUGGACUUAAAGUAGAUAUUUAUAGUCUGGCAAUAAUUGGUUCAGAAAUAUUUGAAUUAGAUUUAUUCUAUACCGACCCUGAUAAUUCUGAAAGUUCUACAGUUCGGGAAUGA